GCUUAUAAAAAGAAUACCCGCCUCAUGCCUGUCAGAGUGCCUUAGAGAAGAGAUGGGCUCCAUCAUGGCAUUCCUCUUGUUCACCUGUGGUCUCUUACCAUUGUUGACUGAAGCUACGGCUGAUCAUCCCUGUGUCUUCCCAUUUAUUUACAAGAAUAAAUCCUAUUCCUCUUGCACCAAGGAUGACUAUCAUGAGCUGUGGUGUGCCACAUCGACUGACCAUGGCACAAAAAACAUGUUACAAUGGAAAACAUGUUCCCCUAAAGAGUAUGGAGGUAAUGAUGGUGGACGAGCCUGUGUCUUCCCCUAUGCGUACAAGAACCAAACCUUCUAUACCUGCACCAAUCUAGAUUCGCAGAAAGGGAACUUCUGGUGUGCGACAACAGGGAGCUAUGACAAGGACAAGAAAUGGAGCUACUGUGCUGAUACCAGACUUUCUGCCAAUUCUCAUGGGCCAUGCGUCUUUCCUUUCAUCUACAAAGGCAAAUCCUACUCAUUUUGCACAACAAGUGGGGCAUCUACUGGAAAGCUCUGGUGCUCCCUCACCAGCAAUUACGAUACAAUCCCCAAAUGGACUUACUGUGAUCCUUCAGAACCACGCCCUUGCACCUUCCCCUUCAUUUUCAAAGGGAAAUCCUACUCUGCCUGCACCAUGGAUGGAUCUGGAGAUAAACACUGUGGUGUGCCACGACUGCGAAACUAUGACAAAGACAGUAAAUGGAAGGCAUGUGCCCUUCAAGAAUAUGAAGGGAACUCCAAUGGCCAGCCCUGUGUCUUCCCCUUCACCUACAAGGGCCGGAAAUUCUUUACCUGCACCAAUGAGGAUUCUGAUCAUGGCAGGUUCUGGUGCGCAACAACAGGCAACUAUGAUAAGGGCAAGAAGUGGAGCUACUGCGCUGACACAAGAGUUCAACCAGGUGGCGGCGAUGAAUGUCAGUGAUUCCAGUUAUCCAGUUUUGGAUCACAACAGGUGGAUGAGUAAAAGAAAGGUCAUUGGGUGUGCCGACUAGAAGCCUUGCUUAGUGGGUUGUGCUGCAAACAAUUUAGAAGAAUGAUGAUCCUGUGACUUAUAUAUAUAUAUAUCUGCUUUGGGAGGGCUUUACCCUGUGAGGUGGCCUAGAAAUAAAUAAGAUGCGGCAGUGGGAGAUUAUUAAUCUUUGUCAAACUGUAUCUUUGUGCUACAAAAAUAAAACAUUUCUUCUAGUUUGCUGGGCAGCAUAAAAAAUUGUACAAUGAGUGAUCACUAUGAAAUAUGACAAGUGCGGGAGAAACUUUUUGCAAUUG